CGAAUGAGGCAUCAACUCCAUCUACAUAAUAAGCAGGGCAAAAGGCUUGCGCAUUACAUAUAUCAAUGGAGGGAAAAGUAAACAAUGCUCCAGCAAUCGGCAUCGAUCUUGGAACAACGUAUUCCUGUGUUGCGGUCUCGAACCAUGGUCGAAUCGAAAUCAUACCCAACGAGCAAGGCUAUAGAACCACACCUUCUACCGUUGCCUUCGUUGAUGCAGAACGUCUCAUUGGUGAUGGGGCCAAGAACCAAGUGGCCAUGAACCCUGCUAACACUAUAUUUGACGCUAAGAGGUUGAUUGGACGGAAGUUCAGUGAUUCCAAAGUGCAAGAGAAUAUGAAACUGUGGCCAUUUAGGGUGAUAGAAGGGCCUGCCGAUACUCCAAAGAUUGUUGUCUCCUACAAAGGUCAAGAGAAGGAAUUUCUAGCCGAAGAAAUUUCAUCAAUGGUUCUCGGAAAGAUGAAAGAAAUCGCUGAGGCCUACCUUGGAAAAGUUGUGAAAGACGCUGUGAUAACCGUCCCUGCCUACUUUAAUGAUUCACAACGUCAAGCAACCAAGGAUGCAGGUACUAUUGCUGGUUUGAAUGUCAUGCGCAUGAUUAACGAGCCUACAGCAGCUGCAAUUGCUUAUGGUCUCGACAAUAAGUCUGAGUUUGUUGGUAAGAUAAACAUGCUCGUUUUUGAUUUGGGAGGAGGUACUUUUGAUGUCUCUCUGUCUACAGUUGAGGAAGGGGGAAUUUUUGAGGUGAAAGCUGUUUCUGGCGAUACUGAUCUGGGAGGGGAGGAUUUUGAUAACCGAAUGGUUGAUCACUGUGUUUCAGAAUUCAAAAGGAAAUGGAAUAAGGACUUGGCAGGGAACCAAAGAGCAUUGGGGAGGUUGAGAUUUGCUUGUGAGAAAGCAAAAAGGAUUCUCUCAAGCACUACUCAAACUUCAAUCGAAUUAGAUUGCUUGCACGAUGGGAUUGACUUUUCGAUGAAGUUCACUCGAGCUAAGUUUGAAGAGCUGAACAUUAGCUUGUUCAGUAAGUGCAUUGAAACACUAGAAGAAUGUUUAAGAGAUGCUAUGAUGGACAAAUCGUGGGUAGACGAGAUUAUUCUUGUUGGUGGCUCGACUAGGAUUCCUAAGGUCCAACAUAUGUUGCGAGAACUCUUUGGUUGGAAGGAGUUAUGCAAGAGCGUGAACCCUGAUGAGGCUGUAGCAUUCGGUGCUGCUGUUAUGGCUACAAAGUUAAGUGGUAGCAAUGAUAAGAGUAUUCAGGAUUUUGUGCUACUUGAUGUCACUCCUUUGUCACUUGGUGUAGAGGUAAAAGGAGAAGUAUUUAGUGUUGUGAUCCCGCGAAACACACAGAUACCUACCAAGAAAUUCAAAACAUAUACUACAGCAAAAGAUGACCAAUAUUCGGCAGAAGUCAAGGUGUAUCAAGGUGAACGGGCCAAAUCUACGUAUAACCAUUUGUUGGGGAAGUUCACAAUUUCUGGGAUACCACCCGCUCCGAAAGGAGAAAUACAACUUGAGAUCUACUUUGAGAUAGAUCCUGAUGGUAUCCUAAUGGUAACAUCAAAGAUAAUAUCAAAUGGUUUGAUAAACACACUCACAAUUGCAACUGAUAAGGGAAGGCUUUCCAAUGACCAGAUAGAAAGGAUGAUAAAAGAAGCUGAAAAGUACAAACUUGAGGACCAAGAAUACAAGCAGAGAGUGAAUGCAUACAACGAUUUAGAGGAUUGUUUAUACAACAUGAAAAAAAAGGUUACAGAAUACAAACUCAGCAAGAGGGUGCACCCUGAGAGCUUGAAGAAAAUGGAGAACGUCGUUGAUGAAACGACUGAGUGGCUCAGGAACAAUCAACUUGCACCUAUUAGCGAACUUCAGCGCAAAAAGGUAAUUAUGGAGUUUGUCUGUACGUCGCUAGGUUAGUUCUGAAACUAUGCUGAUUAAACUUUGGAAUAUCUAAACAUUGGCUUAAGGCUUGGCGUUAAAUAAUCUGGUUAUAUAUGUGAGGAAAAUAUUGUAUAUGUAAUGCAUAAAAAACUUUGUAUUGCCUAUAUAUUUUUUCAAAAGCUUAUUAUGUUUUCUUAAAA